GGUGAAAUGCUUAAAUUGUUGGUUAUGUCCAAUUAUUUCAAAUUCCAAAGGCGCGUCUACUUGACGAUCCCUUUCCCCGCCCUCUGGAGUCUUGACCUUUAAUACCACAUUGGAAGUACAGAAGGCGCUGUACUGACAUCGCCACACACCCCUCCUGCUCUACACCUUCACACUUCAAAAUAUGCUAACCACCGCUAAGCACAUCUUACAUGUCGUCACCAAUACAGCGCAUUAUGACGAUCCAUCUCACCCGACCGGCUUGUGGUUAUCUGAACUCACACACGCCUGGCACGUCUUCGAGGAGCACGGAUUCGAGCAAACCAUCGUCAGCCCGGCUGGGGGUCUCUCCCCCUUGGAGCCGCGGUCGCUGAAAUUCCCCAACUACGACAAGACCGCGAAAGCAUGGAGGGCUGAUCCGGUACGCAUGUCGCUGCUGGAGAACACUGCCCGGCCUGACCAGCUUAACUCGGCCGAUUUCGACGCUAUUUACUUCACUGGGGGCCAUGGAGUGAUGUAUGAUUUUCCCAACGACGAGGGUCUACAGCGGAUCACCCGAGAGAUCUUCGAACGAGGGGGUAUCGUCUCCUCCGUCUGCCACGGCUACUGCGGCCUGCUGAAUAUUAGGCUCUCCGAUGGUUCGUACCUGGUUGCUGGACGUAAUAUGACUGGAUUCACUUGGCGGGAGGAAGUGCUGGCUCGUGUGAACAAGCUCGUGCCCUAUAACGCAGAAGAAGAGGUGAAGAAGCGAGGCGCACACUAUAAAAAAGCCUUGCUGCCUUUUGUUUCUUACACUGUGGUGGACGCCAAUCUGGUGACCGGACAGAACCCAGGGUCGGCGAAAGAGACCGCGGAGAAGGUCGUCGCCGCUCUCAGCUAG